AUGAAACAGUUACCAAUAGCGCAGAGAACAGAAUGUAGAGCGGAUAUAAAAGAAUUUCAACAUAUAGUUAAAGCCGAUACAAAAUUUAAUAGAGCUGGAUUUGCAGAUAUUUUAUUGGGCAUAGACACUUGGUCGGAAAUCCUUAUUGGCCAAGUUUUAUGGAGCAGUAUCGGUUUAUGUGCACAACUUACAACAUUUGGUUAUGCAAUUUUUGGUACCAUAGAAGCAACACCAAAAUUAUCAGCUUCUGUGUCGUACGUCGGUAGAGCAGUAAUGUGCAGUGAAGAAACUCAUCGUUUAGAUAAAUUGUUACAACGAUUUUGGGAAUGCGAGGAAGAGCUGAUCGUAGGAAAGGUUCUUUCUAAUGAGGAACAACAAGCCAUUGAAUACUAUCGCAAAACAACAAUUAGAGCAGAAGAUGGGCGAUUCAUUGUACGUAUACCAUUCCGAAAGUCUGACACUGAAUUGGGUCAGUCAAGAGGAAUCGCAUUGCAAAGAUUUUAUCAGUUAGAAAGAAGACUUGAGCGGCUUCAUGGAGUGCGAGAAGAGUAUCAUCGUUCCAUGCGGGAGGCCAUUGAAUCAAAACAUAUGCGAUUAGCUACGAUAAAAGAGCAGCAUGCCACCGGAUAUUAUAUUCCACAUCACCCAGUCCUUGCACGUUUUCGAAUCGUCUUGGAUGGGAGCUGUGCAACCACCAAUGGGAAGAGUGUUAAUGAUAUUCAGCUGGCAGAACCGAAUCUUCAAGAGAAAUUGGCACAUGUUAUCAUGCGAUUCCG